GUGAUUACCGCCAAGCUCAUGUUUCGAGAGAGUACUCUCUGCUACCCUUUGUACUACGCGUCUUUCUUCUAUAAUCGACCUAGUACAGCCGCAGUUGACCUUGAAAUCCAAUGUCGUAUACCCCUCGCGAAAUUGGCACGCUCAUUGUUGUCAUACUGAAAGCGAGAAAUCUACCCAACAAAAGACACAUAGGGAAGCAAGAUCCCUACUGUACCGUGGUCUAUAAUAAUGAGAAGCGAAGGACAAAAGCGAUCAAGCGGGGUGGCCAGCACCCGGAGUGGGACGAGGAGGUCCGGUUCACGUUGUAUGAGGAUGUCGACGACGAACUGGCACGAACAUCCAACGGAGGCGAAUCUCCCCCACCGCCCCCGCCUAAGGACGACAAGGCCCCGAGGGGCGUUAAAGGAGGGAAGGUCAUGAAGUUGGCCUGUUAUGCGGAUGAUCCUAGAGAACCUGAUCUCAUCGGUGAAACCACCGUAGACCUCACGGAGGUCCUAACUAAAGGAGAGACCGACGAAUGGUUCACGCUCAUGCACAAGGAACGAUACAGUGGAGAAGUGUAUUUGGAACUAACCUUCUGGUCCAACGCACCACCGCCGAAAAAGAAGUCUGUGCCAAAACCUGUCGCGAACAAGAACCAAUACGGUGGCGCUGGAUCGUUUGUCCCUGCCGAUGAAGCCCCCCCGUCUUCUCCGGAGGGUACUCUGACGCAGAGUGCUGUCUCAUCUUGGGCUGUCUCUAGCGAAGGAGCCAGACGCGACUCUGUCCCAGGAGCGCUCAGGCCAUCCGGGUCUCUCGCUAAAUAUGAUUUAUACGUACCCCCAUAUGAGCGGAUGAAUGACCCAAAUGGCGGCGAGUACUCUUCUGCAGUGGACCAGAUGACAAACGACUUCGCUGAGUUCGGCGUAGAGGGGCACAGAGGAAGAGCCGGCAGUCACCCCUCCGUUCGAAAUGAAUACCCACCCCGGUCCGCUUCUGCAGGGGGUGUUUCUGCGUAUGACUCCUUCAGCCACCACUCGCAUGGCUUCAACCAAAGCUCCUAUUCAGAUGGCGGCUCAUCGUAUUAUGACCUGCCUUCUGCUGGAUCCGUGCAUCCGGGUGAUAAUCAGAGCACGUUUUCGACCGCGUCGCAACUGCCCACCCCAUCGACAUAUUCGACUCCUUUCGAUCCUACGUCGCAGUCAGGCUACCCGCCUUUUCGGGCGCCUCCACGUGCUGGGCCCCGUUACAGCAUUCCGAGUUCGUCCUCGGGCUUCAUGCCCCUUCCAGCGCCUUCGGGGUUUGUCCCGCUCGCAAGCCACCCAUCCGAGCCAUCAGGGUUCGGCGCACCUCCGCCUGCGGCCACGCCAAUGCCGUCUGGCUUCAUGCCCGUGCAUACACCCGCGCCUUCGGGGUUCAUUCCCUCCGGUCCAUCAUAUCAAGGCCAACCACAACAGGCGUAUCCUUACUAUCCCUAUCCACCUCCGCCAAAUUCGGGGCCUCAGCAGUAUGCCCCUCAGCCACCUUCAUCUGCACCACCGCAGCAGCAUCCGCUGCCCCAUCCCCCGAACUCCGCCCCUCCACUACCGCAUCACUCUCACUCUGCACCUCCUCAACCUUAUCCAGGUCACAUGCCUGAAGCUCCAUCUCCCUCCCAUGAUCAACCUAUACUGCCUCAGAGCACAUCCAGUUCACUGAGCACCAAUGGGGGAUCGAGGCCUCUUCCUCAACAACCCCAGGCAUAUCCCCCGCCGCAGGCCCCUCCUCGAAGACAGUCAUCCCUUCCAGUCCCGCCUCCGCUGCCUCUACAAGGACAGAAUCAGAACGCUCUUGCUGUUCUUCAGGCUCAGCCAGCUGGACGCAUACCUCCACCCCCACCAUUACCCGGUCGCGAGUCUAGUCCACAUUCGUAUCCUUUCAACGUCCCGCCUCCUCCACCUUUACCGGCUUCUCAACUAGUCAGCAGCAAUAGCGCGUCCAGUACAUCUAGCUCUGGUCGGCCUCCGCUACCUCAGCCCCCCAUUAAUUAUGGUGGGCAGAACCCUCAACCUAUAUAUCAGCCGAUCCCACCACCGCCGCCACCGCCGUCUAUGCAAGGAGGUCAACCGCCACAGCCUCCGAUAGUACAACCCUAUAGUGUUAAUACAAGCCAGGCACCGUAUCCUGGACCGCCACCAAGGCCUCCCCAGAUGAAUGGAAUGAACUCACAGUGGUCGACACCUGCCGGUCCUCCUCAAACUCACUAUUCACCACAGUGGACGGGUGUUGCUCAGCAGUGA